UAAUGAUUGUAACAGUAUACUGGAAAUAAAUGCCAUGUUUCAUAGCUUCAAGCAGUGUUAAAGUGGGGAUGUUUCCACGAAGGAUACAGUCAGCCUUUAUAUGUAAUGCCUAAACCAUGCUUGAACUUGAUAGGUCUGUACAGCUUGUGUAAAUCAACUGCUAUGCCUAUGUAAUGUCUUUUAGAUGUUUUUUUUAAUGAUUAUUAUUUUGUUCUAGGACUUCAAUGACCAUCUUUAACUGAUGCCAGCAGGAGAGGAAGACUUCUCAUUGAUUCACUGGCACUAAGAACUCCUUGACGACCGUAACCAUGUCAGACUCUUAUCCUUUCAGAUAUGGACUGAACCUGUCAAAUAAUUCCACAAUGAAUGCAAAUCCAUCCAUGUCCAUUGAUAAUCUCUUCCCAGCUCUCUUGGAAUGCUUUGGGAUUAUCCUUUGUGGAUACAUUGCUGGGAGAGCGAAUAUCAUAACACCCUCGCAGGCCAAAGGUCUGGGUAACUUUGUCUCAAAAUUUGCACUCCCAGCUUUGCUGUUCAAGAACAUGGUGCUACUCAACUUUGCCAAUGUCGUCUGGUCUUUCCUUUGGAGUAUUCUCAUUGCCAAAGUUGCUGUGUUCAUUAUUGUCUGUGUUUUGACACUGUUGGUUGCAAGUCCUGAGAGCAGAUUCAGCAAGGCAGGACUCUACUCCAUUUUUGCUACCCAAAGCAAUGACUUUGCUUUGGGAUACCCUAUUGUUGAAGCUCUGUAUAAAAACACAUAUCCAGAUUACCUUCAGUACAUUUACCUGGUGGCUCCAGUGUCUCUUAUGAUCCUAAACCCAAUUGGGUUUGUGUUCUGUGAGAUCCAGAAGUGGAAAGUAACCAAAAACCCCCAGCAGAACAAAGUGAAAAUAUUUGGUGUGGUGUUACUUCAGGUUCUCAAAAACCCCAUUGUUUUCAUGGUCAUUAUUGGCAUUGCCUCUCACUUCAUCCUCGGCCAGAAGAUCCCAAUGGUUAUAGAGCAGUUCUUGGAUGGUUUGGCUAACUCCUUUGGUGGAUCUGCCUUGUUCUACCUUGGCCUUACGAUGGUUGGACAACUCAGGAAACUCACAAAAUCCACGUUUGUGGCACUUAUCCUUCUCAUCACAGCUAAGUUGCUGGUGAUGCCACUAAUCUGCAGAGAAAUGGUUGAAUUGCUGGACAGGAGCAGCAGUUUAGUGAACCGCACUGGCCUUUCUAAUUAUGCAUUUCUCUAUGGAGUCUUCCCUACUGCACCCAGUGUAGCAAUAUAUGCAAGCCAGUACAAUAUGGAAUUGGAAGUCGUUACCUCAGGAAUGGUAAUAGGCACAUUUGUUUCUGCUCCAAUUAUGUACGCUUCUGCUUGGUUAUUGACUAUUCCGUGGAUGGAUCCAAAGCCAUUAGUAUCUGCUCUCCAGAAUGUCAGUUUUGACAUAAGCAUCAUCGGUUUAGUUGCUUUGAUUUGGUCUGUGACCGUCCUGUUUCUCAGCAAGAAGUUUAAGAGGCUUCCGCAUUUGUUUACUAUAAACCUGUUUCUGGCACAGUUUCUUACCUGCCUUGGAAUGAUUUUGUGGAACUUUAUCAUAAGACAAAACAACCUUAUUGGUCAGGUUCUGACUUUCAUUAUACUCUACAGCUCACUUUACAGUACUUACUUAUGGACAGGCCUUAUAGCACUUUCUUUACUGCUGUUGAAAAAGGAUGAUGAACCAAAGCUUCGAGCUGACAUUUUCAUAAUUGCAGGAUGGGGAAUUCCAGCAUUUGUUGUGGGAAUCCUUUUGAUGGCUGGACAGAAGAUGGAUGAACCCUUUGAUUCAGCUUUCUUUUAUGGAAAAGAUCAGAUUAUCAGCACUUCAGUGGUCCUUUCAUGCAGUAUAUUGAUGGCUGGUGUAUCACUCAUGGGUCUCGGUCGCAGCAGGCGAGAGACAAACUAUCAGCUACUGGAUCCGACAUCAUUCUCGGGCACAUCCGAGGACCUGAGGCCUCAGAACAACCAGGAAAAGCAGACCUUGUCUGAUCUGCCAUCACCAGAUACAGAAGUGAUUAAUAACAGAGAUUGCUGUGCCUGUGAGAGAGUAAACGGUGAGGUGAGCUGCUCUGCACAGACCAUGCCUGACAUGAUUGUUGAUGCCCAUAUGAAUGUGACUCCAGCUGUACAGACAGUCGAGUGUGUCAGUCACUGUGAGCCUCAGAUCUGCAUGCUGUCGCAGGAAGAGCAUCUGCUGCACACCACCGACAGACAGCUGGCCAGACACGUGCUGCUCUGCCUUCUCCUAAUUGUUGGCCUGUUCGCUAACCUAUCUAGUUGCCUGUGGUGGCUCUUUAAUCAAGAACCAGGGCGGCUUUAUGUGGAGCUUCAGUUCUUCUGUGUCAUCUUUAAUUAUGCUCAGGGCUUUAUCUCCUUUGGUAUUUUUGGGCUAGAUAAACAUUUGAUCAUCCUGCCAUUCAAAAAGAGACUUGCACACCUGUGGAGAGGCAAAGACAAGGUAGAAGAGCCAGAGUUUGAAGUGCCUGAGGAGAUCAUAAUGACCUGCAGACAGUUUGUCAUCUACCACAAAGAUCAGUGUGUCAAGGAUAUUGUGCAGGAGAGAAGGUGUGGCAUAAAGACCGCUGCUGGCAUAUUCUGUGGCUGUGAUCUGGUGGACUGGCUGAUCCGUGUGGGUCUGGCGCAUGAUCGUGGAGAGGCUGUGGAGUAUGGGGAGCAGCUGUUGCAAGGAGGUGUUCUGCAGCACCUUACUGAGGAAUAUGAAUUUCGUGAUGAGAGCUUGUACUAUCGCUUCAUAAAGCAAAGGAGCCGAGUGUGAUCGUAGUACUGUAUCACUAUGACAGCAUGAGGGUCUCUGCUCAAAAUCAUCAUUGCAUUUCUUCUCUUGGAAAGACACACAUAUUUGGAUCAGCAUAGACUAACCUCUGAUCUGUUGCCUAACUUCUGUUAAUACAUCUUUCUGAAGCAAAAUAUCAGAGCCAAGAUAAAUAAAAAGGCAGUCCAUAGGCUUAACUUUUUGUUAGUGGACUACUUGUAAACCAUGUAGAACCACUAAAAUCUGUUUACUUUUUAAAAACGCCUAUGUGUGAAACAUAAAUCUGUCAUAAAUGUUCAUAAUUUGAGUUAUUAAAAAAAAAAAAAAAAAAAAAAAAAAAAACUCUUAAAUAUUCUGUUACAUUAUUCCCAGUAUGGUGGAAUUUGACAGCUUAAACUAUUGUGAAUUCACAAAGAACACAAAUGAAUCCUUAUUAACUAAAAAAUGAUGUGCACUAGUAACAUUGUUUGGCCAUUAAUACUGUUCUAAGAGAUAUUUUGUCCAUGCUGUAUGCCAUCUGGUGAGUAUUCACUGUUACUGGACCUACAGUAAGAUAAUAAAACUGACUGCAUCUAUAAGGAUCUUCAUCUGAAUGUUUCAAAUAUUAAGUAUUUGUAGAUUUCACUUUUAACUAAUUUGCAGAUAUUGCCAAGAUGCGAAAUACUUGUACACUUUUGUCAAGUUGCAUGAUGUGGUGCAACUGUUAAUAUACUUGAAACUGUACGUUGCUUUUUGCAGAGAUGUUAUCCUGGUUCAAAACUGAUUAGAAAUCGCUUGCUGAAGCAUGUGCUACAUCAAUGUUUAGUGCUUGUUCAGUGUCUUAAUAAGACAUUGGUGUCUCUGUCAGAUUAGAGGGAAUGUGAACAAACUUUACAGUCAUACUCGUGUAACUGGCUUUUCAAUGCAAGAUUUACGCUGAAUUCCAAGCUUCUACUCUGUACUUUUAACAGUUCAGUUUUAAGUAAUAUUUGUGGACAUUGUCACCUUUUACAGAGAGACAUAUUUCCUACUGCCCACUAUUUAUUGACAAUUUUAUUGAGCUGCAAGGAUAGUCCCCUGCAAUCAGUAUUUGCAUCUGCUUCAAGUCAUGAAAGUGAACAGUUCAAGCUAUAGUGUUGAAAUCUUCUGUAUUAUCUGGUAGGUAGUAGGGCCGAAAACAUUUAAAUGAACAAUCAAUUUGUACUUUCAUAUUUGAAUAAUUCAUAGCACUGAUGGUGUGAUGAUAUAUUUAAGAAAUGAUUUUGAAAAAAACGCUAACCAAUGCAACUCCUGCACACACAAGCAGAUGAACUGCUGUUUAAAAAAAAGUUUAAAUAUAUUUUCUUACAGUAAAUAUUGUACUGUAUAACAUGAGUUGUGCAAUGUUCUAUACAGCUUUUGUUAUGAGAGAGAAGGGGCAAAUAUAUAGUACUGUAGCAUUCUGUAUCAUAGGCAGUAAUAGUGUGGUUAUUCCCUUGAAGACUUCGUGAUUUAUUUUGUUAUGUUGGUAAUAUUAAGUGGACUCGUUGGUGUGAACAUCAGGUUCAGAAGUGAAUCGCAGUGCUACACAAAAUGCAGAAGAGUAAGAGACGAAACUUGUGAGAUUAUACUGGCAGCAAGUCAUUUAGGUGUAUGACCUGCUUCCAGAUUAACAAGGACCUCUAGUUAAAGGGUGAAAUCUGUAUGCUUUUCACAAUUGGGUGAAACACACCCACACACCCACUUUUUUUUUUUUUUUUUUUUUUUUUUU